AUGGAUAUUUUAUUUUACGGUCAGCACGAUUGUGUCCAAGGCCCGCUUGAGCUGAUCGGGGCUAUCAAAGGGAAGAAAGAACAAGGCUGGACGAUGUCGGAAACCGAAGCAAUGGCCAAAGGGAAAAGAGGACAGCUAGUGGCAGAAAGAUCACACCUUUUGAUUUUCUGGACAAAGCCACAAACUAAUGCACGUGUGGCUCGGCACAAGACGCGAAAGCUGGAAACGAGAAAGAAAAGAGAGUCAAAAGAAGUGGUGGGUGGAGCUGACGACAGGUCGAUUGUCCGUGGCGCAGAGACGAUUAUCAUCAAGAAAACUGGCGUGUACGACAAGCGGUACCUGUCCGUGUGCACGAGUUGUAGCGUGCGCACAUGUACUCUGUGUCUAAGCUCAGCGCGGCAGGGUGCUACAGGUCUGCCAGACAGGAGCUACAGUGGAGCUAGGUGGUGA